AUGGCUUCCAACAGACUUCAAUCACUCGCACAUCACUUCUCUGCUACUUCUCCUCCACCUCAUCCAUUCGAUCCUCUCUCCAAUGCAGAGAUUGAGAAAGCGGUUCAGAUCAUUCGUGCUGAAAAGGGAUCUGUUCAUUACAAUGCCAUCACACUUCAUGAACCCCGCAAGAAGGAGAUGAUGAAAUGGCUUGAAAGUCCACAGGUUGUUCCAAGACCAAAGAGAAUAGCAGAUGUGGUGGUGAUUGCGCCAGGUGGUAAGGUCUAUGAUGGCUUGGUUGAUUUGGCAGAGGGAAAGGUGGUGAAAUGGGAACAUAUUGAUGGUGUACAACCUCUGAUCACAAUGGAAGAUCUUCAAAUCGUUGAGCAUGUUGUUCGAAAAGACCCAAAGGUAAUUGAGCAAUGUAUUUUGAGUGGUAUCCCAGCGGAAGAUAUGCACAAAGUGUAUUGCGAUCCAUGGACCAUUGGUUAUGACCACCGAUUCGGUAAUAACGUUCGUCUACAACAAGCGCUUAUGUAUUAUCGACCUCAUAUGGAUGAUUCUCAAUACUCCUUCCCUCUCGAUUUCUGUCCUAUUUACGAUGCGGAAAAACAACAGAUCAUCCACAUUGAUAUCCCAGAGGUCCGACGACCAGUCAAAAAGGAAGGAGGAUACAGAAAGGACAUCACACCAAUCAAUAUUACCCAACCAGCUGGUGUAUCAUUCAAGGUUGAUGGUCGUGAGAUUAAUUGGCAAAACUGGAAUUUCCAUGUUGGAUUCAAUUACAAGGAAGGAAUUGUCCUCAACAAUAUUACAUACAACGAUAAGGGAACUGUUAGACCAGUAUUCUACAGACUUUCUCUCGUAGAGAUGGUUGUUCCUUACGGUAACCCUGAACAUCCUCAUCAACGCAAACACGCUUUCGAUCUUGGUGAAUAUGGAGGAGGAUACAUGACUAACAGUCUCUCCCUCGGCUGUGACUGCAAAGGUGCAAUUCAUUACAUGGACGCUGCGUUCGUAAACCGCGCCGGUGAAAGUACCACCAUCAAAAACGCCAUCUGCAUUCACGAAGAAGAUGCCGGUAUCCUUUUCAAGCACACCGAUUUCCGCGAUGACUCCGUCAUUGUAACCCGUGGCCGUAAACUUAUCGUCUCCCACAUCUUCACAGCCGCCAACUACGAAUACUGCGUGUACUGGAUCUUCCACCAAGACGGAACCAUCCAACUCGAAAUCAAACUCACCGGCAUCUUAAACACCUAUUCCAUGAACCCCGGCGAAGACACCAAAGGCUGGGGAACCGAAGUCUACCCCGGCGUCAACGCACACAACCAUCAACAUCUCUUCUGUCUCCGCAUCGACUCUAACAUCGACGGACCUAACAACACCGUCUUCCAAGCGGACGCCAUGCCCGGCGCCGGCGCCGUCGGCUCCCCCGAAAACCCCCACGGCAACGCCUUCUUCGCCCAAAAAACCGAAUACAAAACCGUCAACGAAUCCAUCAGCGACUACGACGGCAUCACAUCCCGCACAUGGGAAAUGGCCAACCCCAACAAACUAAACCCCUACUCCCACAAACCCGUCUCCUACAAACUCGUCAGUCGGGAAGUCCCCAAGCUCCUUCCCAAAGAAGGCUCACUCGUCUGGAAACGCGCCGGUUUCGCCCGCCACGCUGUCCACGUUACACCCUACUCCGACGACCAACUGCACCCCGCAGGACGCCACGUACCGCAAACAUCGGGGGAGCCCAGCGCCGGCCUCCCAGAAUGGAUCGCGAAUGGCGAAGCCAAUAUUCAAAAUACGGAUAUUGUUCUCUGGCAUACAUUUGGCAUAACGCAUUUCCCCAGUCCGGAGGAUUUUCCCAUCAUGCCUGCGGAACCGAUGACGUUGUUGUUGAGACCGCGGCAUUUCUUUAUCAAGAAUCCUGCGUUGGAUGUGCCGCCUUCGUAUUGUAGUACGCCGAGUAGUGUGGCGGCUGCUAGUAGGGAUGGCGCUUUGAAGAGUGUUUUGAAUUUGACGGAUGGUGAGAGUAGGUUGGUUGAUGGGAAGAAAUGUUGUGCGUGA